CGUGUGUGCUCUGCUUUCCUGCUCACCCUCACCCUCACCUCUUGUAAACCUCUGUCUCCGUCGCCCCCACAAGAGAGCCUUUCCCAAGGGUCAUUUGCAAGCCUUUUUCUUGAUCCACAAACCCGCAGUUCUCCACUGACCCCAGCUGUCCUGUAAAGCCUACUUCGACGGCCCAUCUAGAUCAUGGACCACCACUCCCCCCUCCCAGCCCCCUCACCGGGCUGGAAGGUGGCAACCGCGGAAAAACAGGGCCACUCUCCUUGACGGGGCUUCGGGUGACAUCACAUCCUCCGAACGCGAAAUCUGGCUCCUCGGCCGGCCGGCGAAGGGCGCAACUUCCCCCCUCGGGGUCCCACCAGCUCCUGCGCGCGUCCGCUCGUGUCGCUCAGCGCCGAGUGCGCCAUGGCCUCUCCGGUGACUGCCCAGCUCCUGCCGCUGGCCUUGCUGCUUCAUGCCGCCGCAGCCGCCGGGCCGAGCCCGUUCCGCUUAUCGCCCGGGAAGGUGGAGGGCAGGCUCGGCCAGCGGGUGGAGCUGCAGUGCGAGGUGCUGCUGUCCAGCGCGGCGCCGGGCUGCACCUGGCUCUUCCAGAAGAACGAACCUGCCGCCCGCCCCAUCUUCCUGGCGUACCUCUCCAGAAGCCGGACCAAGUUGGCCGAGGAGCUGGACCCCAAACAGAUCUCGGGCCAGAGGGUUCAGGACACCCUCUACAGUCUCACCCUGCACAGAUUCCGCAAGGAGGAAGAAGGCUACUAUUUCUGCUCGGUCGUGAGCAACUCCGUUCUGUACUUCAGCGCCUUCGUCCCGGUCUUCCUGCCAGUCAAGCCCACCACUACGCCCGCGCCGCGACCGCCCACGCAGGCGCCCAUCACCACGUCGCAGCGGGUGUCUCUGCGCCCGGGGACCUGCCAGCCUUCAGCGGGCAGCACAGUGGAAGCAAGUGGGCUGGACUUGUCCUGUGACAUCUACAUCUGGGCACCCCUAGCUGGGACCUGCGCCUUCCUUCUCCUGUCGCUGGUCAUCACCCUCAUCUGCAACCACAGGAACCGAAGACGUGUUUGCAAAUGUCCGAGUGCAGGGCCUGGAUUUAUGACCAAGGAGUGGACUGGAAGAAAAGGGAACCAGAGGCAGGGGCAGGCCCGUGGUCAGAGCAGGAGGCAAGCCUAGCCCGUCAGAGAGAUACGUCUAACAUGGAGAUGGGCCCCAUGCACCAGCCACUACAAGACCAAAUAAAACUCUCUUUAUGAGGACAGUAACAGUCCUUCCCUUUCA